AGCGUCACCUACUGGUUACGUUUGGUAUUGCACGUUCACAUUGGGGGCAAAGGUCACUCCGAACAAAAUGGCUGAAAAAAGUGCGGCGUCUGCAAGUCUUUCAGAUGAACAGAUACAGGAGUUGGUGGCAAAAAGCCACCAGGCUAAGAAGAAGGCCUACGCACCUUACAGUAACUUCCACGUAGGAGCAGCUUUGUUGACAGAGGAUGGCAUCACCUUCACUGGCUGCAAUGUAGAGAACGCUGCAUACCCUGUGAGUUGUUGUGCUGAGAGGACAGCUAUCUUCAAAGCAGUGUCAGAGGGGUACAAGGCAUUCAGGGCCAUAGCAAUAGCUGGGGAGGUGGAGAAUGAGUUUUUGGCACCAUGUGGCAGCUGUAGACAGGUCAUGAGGGAGUUUGGAACAGACUGGACUGUAUACCUGACGAAGCCUGACCUGUCAUACCGUGCCAUGACUGUGGGGGAGCUGCUACCCUGUCACUUUGGACCAGAAGACCUCAACAAACCAAAGGUCAAAGGGCAGUGAAACAAAAC